AUGAUGUCACCGCUGGAAACAUCCUGGAAGCACACGGAGAGCCCCGUGGAGCAGCACCCGUCCUGGGCCAACCGUCCCCCCUCCAAGAGGCAGGAAGCCGUGCCGGGAGGAGGCCGGGGUCCCUUGACAGGGUCCCCCCCCCGCACAGCAGCAGCGGCGGCGGCGGCGGGAGGCGCCCCGGGGCGCAAGAGGGGCUGCUGCGGUUCGGGCCCGGAACUUGCCGCGCCGCCGCCGCCGCCGCCGCUGCCGCCCAGCCGGGCCGAGGCCGCCUGCGCCUCCGUGCGCUCCGCCUCCUCGCUCCGCAAACGCCGGCUGGGGAGCGGGUUAGAACUAGAAGGCGCCUCCGACGCGCAGGCCGGCGAAGACGCCACGUCUGAAGGGGGGGAUGCCGGCCCGAAGGCGGCUCCGGAAGGCGGCCCGGCGCGACCUGCCAGCCCGAGGCGCGGCACAGGCCAGGGGGCCCCCUCCCCCCUCUGGCGGGUCCCGGGAGCGGCCGGCGCGGCAGCCCGAGCCACAGGCCGGGCCGAGGGCCGAGGGGAGGCCGCCCCGCCGGUCUUACCUGCUUGCCCAUGGGGGAGGCGGCCCGGCAGGCCCGGCCCGCUCUCCGCCGCGCUCUGCCUCCGCCGGCUACAUCGCCGCCGAGGGGCGCCCGGGCGAGGCGAGGGGCGAGGCGAGGCGAGGCGAGCGCCGGCCAGAGCGCCCUCCCGGGCCCGGCCGCUGCUGCCCCCGCGCGGACCGGAGCGGAGUGCCCGGAGCGCGCGGGGAGGGGGCGGCUCCUCCCUGGCCCCGCCUCGCCCCACACACCCCCAGCGGAGCCGAGCGGAGCCGAGCGGAGCGGAGCGCCUGCCCAGCCCAGCCCAGCCCAGCGGGACCGGCCGGGGUCUUUGGCCCGCCACCGCCUCGGGACGCGCAGCCCGGCCGGCUCUGCGGGGAGAAGCCACCCGGGCGGAUGGGCCUGGGAGGGCUCCGGGGCCCGCUCUCCGCGUGGACGUGGCGGGGGCCAGGGCGGGGGCACGCCCGGAGUGCCGAUGCGGCCGGAUUGGCUGGGAGCCGGGCGCUCUGGGUCUCCUGGGACCGCCGGUGGAGGAGGGUUCUGGCCCAAAUCUUUCUCCCCCCCCACCCGCAGCGGCCGUGCCCGGCUUCAGCCCGCGCCUCUGCCCUCGGAAUGCCCUCGCCCUUGAUGAUGCUAUUGGCCAGAAGGGGGUUUUGGGGAGCACCUUCCAGGGUCCUUGCGCAGGGAAGCCAACCAAUUCUUCCAUUCCCUUUCCCACCCGCAGCCAGGCGGAGUGCAGAUGA